CCGAUUGGUGCCGGCGGACGCCAUGCCCAAGGUGCGGGCUGGGAAGCGGCCGCGGCUGGAGCGCCGGGAGGGCCGCGCCACGGGUAUCCGCUUCAACACCGGGGCCGGACAGCACAUCCUGAAGAACCCCCUCGUCGUCAACAGCAUCAUUGAGAAGGCUGCCCUGCGACGUACUGAUGUCAUUCUGGAAGUAGGCCCGGGAACUGGUAACUUGACGGUGAAGAUGUUAGAGAAAGUAAAAAAAGUUAUUGCUUGUGAAAUAGACCCUAGGCUUGUUGGUGAACUUCAGAAGAGAGUGCAGGGCACGUGUCUGGCAAACAAACUUGAAAUCAAGGUUGGAGAUAUCUUGAAAACAGACUUGCCAUUCUUUGAUGCAUGUGUGGCUAACUUGCCUUACCAGAUUUCUUCACCUUUUGUUUUCAAGUUGUUGCUUCAUAGGCCUUUUUUCAGGUGUGCAAUCCUUAUGUUUCAAAGGGAAUUUGCACUUCGCUUGGUUGCAAAACCAGGAUCUAAACUAUACUGCAGACUCUCUAUUAAUACUCAGUUAUUAGCUCGAGUUGACCAUCUGAUGAAGGUUGGAAAGAACAACUUCAGGCCUCCUCCCAAAGUUGAAUCCAGUGUUGUCAGAAUAGAGCCAAAGAACCCACCACCACCCAUCAACUUCCAGGAAUGGGAUGGUCUGGUAAGGAUAGCCUUUGUUAGGAAAAACAAGACACUCUCUGCAGCAUUUAAGUCAAGUGCUGUAGAGCAGUUGCUGGAUCGAAAUUAUCGAAUUCAUUGUUCUUUACAUAAUACAGAAAUUCCCGAAAACUUUAAAAUUGCAGAGAAAAUACAGACAGUCCUAAAGAAUACAGGUUACUCUGAAAAACGAGCCCGUUCAAUGGAUAUAGAUGAUUUCAUUAGACUGCUGCAUGGCUUCAAUUCAGAAGGCAUCCAUUUCUCAUAGACUCUACUAGAAGAAUGAAACAGGUUCCAUAUUCUGUCACCAAAUUCUUACCUAAGCUAGAGUGACUGCAAUGGGAUAAGCUUUUCUCACAGAAGCAAUAACAGUAUGCAGCAUACACUCUGUGGUUCUUACUAAAACCAUACAUGUAAUUUUAUCACAGACAGUAGCCAAGAAGCUGAAGCCCUGUAUUUUAAAAGCAGUGAAUUCUUUGACAGCUGAAGUAAGGUGCUGGAGUUCCACAUGUCAGUGUAUUUUUAAAUUUACUGAGUAACAUGGAUUGAUGCUGCCAUAA